AUGGGCUCCUCCACUUGUUGCACCAGUCGUCAACCUCCUUCUCCCGAUGCAGUCUCACCUCGUCCUGUACGAUCACCAUCUCUUACCCCAGUUAACACUCUGAGGAAGUCUCCAAGAAAAACAUCGAACAUAAGGAUUGGGGAGCUACAAACACAAGCCACUACAUGGAGUUCGGCUACAAAAACGGAAGAUACAACAGAAAUAAGAGCUGUUUUUGAAGGAGAGUGUUCCCCUGAUAGUGAUAAAGAAAACGAGAUUGUGGUGGUCGAUGAAGGAGAUAGUGACGAUGAUGACGAGGACGAAAGAGGUCAGGAGGUCAAGCCAAUGCUCAGUUCUAACACACUCAAAUCCGUCAAAAGCCGUUUAAUAAGGACAUUUUCCCGCGAACCUGGAAUCGCAAAAGCCGAUAAACGAAGAAGUGUAGGGACCAGUCGGGAAGAAGUCGAGCGAAGAAAGGAACUGAGAAGAAUAAGGCAAAAGAGAAUUGAAGAGGAAUUAAGUUAUGAUGAUGGAUAUGAUGAGGAUGCUGAGUCUACAAGUACAGUGGAUUGUCCCGCUAUGCGCACCGACAAGGGUCAGAAGAGGCAAUCUCUUCUACCAGAGGACAGUGGCAACUUUCCAAUUUUCCGAAAGCAGAGCUCUUCCUUUGGAUCGGAGGCAGUUAGUAAUGGCAGCAAGAUCUCCCUUUCUACAAGCAAUAAUGAUAACACGAGUAAAAUAUCGCUAUUAGCUACUAAGCUUGAUGACACCAGCAAAGCUUCUCUUUUAAAACCAGCAGAUCGAGGAAAGUCUCGAACAUGUUUAGGUCCUGGUGACCCAACCUCCAAUCUUCUCAAACCGGUCAAUACUCCACCGCGAAGAUACAGCUCACCUGGUCCUUGUCCUACGCCCAGUGAAACUGAAUUAUUCCAGCCUGGAAAACACCACAUCAGGAAAACAGACAGUGAAAUUUCUGCCAUACCUUCAGCAUCUCUAGCUGAGGCUCAAAGACUGCCAAGUUUUGUUACCCUUGAUCCAAGCACGGCUUCGAGUUGGCGAUUGUCAUAUACUUCUCAUCAAAGCAAUCGUGGAGCGCAUCUUCGAAGGUUAAGUCAACAAUUUGAGGCUCCAAUUCAAUCAGCGACGGAUGUUGCAAACGUAGGCACUCAAACACUGCCACGUUGGCUAAAAACUCAUGGACUUCGAUCAUCUUCGCAGGCUAUCACUACUUCGGAAGGUAGUACUUUACCAAAAGAGCCAUCAUUUAUGCGUCCACCACGUUCAGAUACUGGAUUUGGUGGGGUUGAUGGAAGCGGAAGCUUUUCAAAUAUGCAUUUGCAGGAUAUGGAUAUCUCCAAACGUCUUCUGCAGAGCUCUUGCUCGUCACCACAACUAGUCAGCUGGGAGGAGCAUCACCGUGAAGCUUCCGGAAUUAGUACUGCGACACAAAGUCGUGCUAGGUAUAUGCGAAACCCAUCGGAAACAAUAUCAAUCCCUUCAUGCCCAUCAAUUGCCUUGAGCGAGCUACUCCCACCAAAUUGGGGAAAAUUACCAAAUGAUGGAACUUCUUCAUUUUACCCUACCGUACCCAAUAGCAUCCAGCCUUCGCCAGAAUGCUCACGGUUUGAGCUAUCUCCUUUCAUGUCCACAAGCAGAAGCAUUCCUACAAUGGUGGAGCCACAAGUAAUUGACGGGAUUAUGACUCCUCUUCGCUCACCACUAAUGCCAGCAGCAUUAGGGAGCGACACCCCUACCACAAUAAAUGUAUCUUUAACGAGCCUCCAAGCCCCUUUAAGCAGAUAUUCCGCCAAACAAAUUGAUGAGAGCUCCCUUUUUGCUUCUGAAACUACCAGUUUUCGAGAACGAGAACUAGAAUUAAGUCAUAUUCAAGCACGGUUUGCUUCGUCCGAUUUGCGUCGACCUCCAAGUACACCAAUAUCAAGCAAGUUCCGCGAAGAAUUUGAUAUUUCACUCACCCCUCAACCCAAAUCUCCUUUUCAGAAGCUUGUCAGGGCUUGCUCGCUGAAUAGAAGUCGUGAUGUUGUGGAUGAGGAUCCAUUACUUGCUCCUCCACCGCAUAGACCAGGAUUUGGAUAUCGAUUUACUUCUACUCCCACAACUCUAAGUAGAAGGAGCUCUGCGCGUCAUUCAACACCAACGAAGAAAACUAGAGAAAGAAGGAGAACCCCAAUUGUUGAUGAUUCGAUCGAUACUCCAGUAAAAGGUAAAUUUUCUGCAUUUCGCAGAUUUAAGCGCCUAGCUAGUUUGGGUGGGUACGAUGGUCCCGCAGAUGAUCAUAGAGGCAGUAGAUCCGAGUCUGGUACUGCACGAAGACCAUCUGCGUUGGAUGCUAGGUUAGGCUUGGGUGCCGAGAUGACCGCAAAGGAGGCUCAACGGAAAAUAUCCAUACCUCCUAGUAUACCAUCCAUUAGAUUACCAACUUCUGAGUCUCCAAGUAUCAACACAGCUUACACUCAUGAGCCUGGUGUUCUGGCUCGCAUGGCCACAUCUAUGCAUGUCUCGACUCCGGAACUUCACCUAACUGGUCAUCUUGGCCGCAUGGCCACAACUAUGCAUGUCCCAACACCGGAACUUCACCUACCUAGUCAUCUUGGCCGCAUGGCCACAACUAUGCAUAUCUCGAAUCCGGAACUUCAUAUGCCUGAUGCUCUUGCACGUAUUGGUACUGCUAUGCAUAUUGACUUACCUACACCUCACUUCCCUGAUGCCUCAUCGAUUCUUCAUACCCCCCAUAUUGAUAUUCCAACCCCUCACCUUCCCAGCAUUCCCCAUAUCAGCUUUGGUCAUCACGAUUCAGACUCUCCCCCAAAGGAAAAGAAAGGCCCCAAGGAAGCACCUGCAAUCACUCCAAUUGCUGCACCAAAAUCAAAAGUUCAAAGGCCUGGAAAUGAUCCUCAAGGUGGAGCACCACAGUGGAGAGGCCCACGAGCUAGGAAUCGCUCUACGACUAGGGAGGAUAAUAGGAGAAGAAUGGACACUAGUCAAGAUGAUUCCGCUGCUGUUUGGAUGAGAGCAGUGAAAGGUGCGGUAUCAGAUAGAUCCAAAGCACGCAAGGACAAUCAAGACGGAGACGACAUUUUUGGAGAUUGGGAGGCACAACUGGCUGGAGUUGCAUCUAAAUCCAAAUACGAAAGUCGAAAAUUUGGCUCGAGAGGCAAACCGAAGAUCCAUCAAAUUGAACAAUUCCCAGAAGCUUGGUGUAGAUUUCCCAGCCACGAAAGACAUGCCAGGGGGCAUGAAAGUGCGGGUGUGGAGUCGGCUGUUGAAGCAAAGGAUUUUGCCAUUUUGAAACCGGGAAAUGAGGAUCUGGGAAGAUCGGAGCAUUUUUAUGGUACAAGGAGGAGAAGAAGACCAGGUAUGUAUACUGAGAAUAGUAGUGAUCCUAGUAAUUCUCAAGGACUAUCUGAUGAGGAACUGGAUGCGAUUGAAGCUGCAGAGCCGUUUUACAAACGGUGGAGUCAGAAAAUUAAGAUUGCUUGGAUGGAUUAUAGAAUUGAGGAUGGACAAAAGAAACAUGCGUUUCAUUCGGGGAGCUUGGGGAGAAGAGGUUCAAUGACUAUGGAUGGAAAAGUACCAUUUCCAGAACUGGAAUUGUUACCAAUGAGGGCACCCCCUCCGCCAAGUGAGGUGAUAGAUGAUGAAGCGGAUGAUAUUGAGGCGGAAAGAAAAAGAGUAGAGGCGAUUCAGAAAGCUAAAAUUAAGCCGCAUUAUGAGGCGGCAGAUUUGACGCAAAGUAAGGGAGGUGUAAGUGAUUUGUUGGAUAUUUUUAGUUCAGGGCCUGAGGAACCAGCUGAACCAAAGAUGCCAGUUAAAAAGAAGGGUCCAAAGGCAAAGAAAGUUAAAGACCCUUAUGCAUUAGAUGAAGAUGAUGACUUGGGUGGUGGCGGUGGGGAUAAGGGUGAUGAGGACCAAAUGCCCAAGAAGAAAGGAAAGAAGGUCAAGGAUCCCUAUGUAAUUGAUGAAGAUGAUGAUGAGGAUCUGCCACCCGCGCCAAAAAAGAAGGAAAAAGCGAAGUAUCCAUACGCAAUCGACGAUGAUGAAAAUGAGGAGAUGCCGCCUAUUCCGAAGAAAAAGGGCAAGGCGAAAGACCCAUAUGAUAUCGAUGAUGACAAGGACGGCUCAUCAGACUUUGGUUCUGGGGACGAUUUGGGCAAAAUUGAUCAAAUCGUGAUGAAAGAGGUGCUAAGUGAUGAUGACACGAUUGAUCAUACACGAUUUGAAGACUCGGUCAUUAGUUUUCGUGAUCCUGAAUUCUAUCAGGAUUGUUUGGUGAUGCCCAAAGAACCAAGUCCUGUGCAUGUUAAAGAAUGCUCUGUACUGUCUAGUCAUGGGAUCAUUGAAGAAGAAAUUGAGGACCCAUCUAAGAAUGGUGCAGGGAUUGGAGUACAAGUUAAAGAGAUUGGUGAUGGGGUUAUUAAACAGAUUGAGAAGUUUAAAACGUGGAAUGGCAAAGAUUGGGAGAAGGAGAUGGGAGGAUUAUUGAGAAGAAGAGACACGAGUGUAGGAAGAGACAGCAUGAGAAGCGCGAGAUCGGUAUGGAGUAUGGGAAGUCAGGGAUCAAGAAGUACAGUGAGGAGUGUUGGAGUAGAAGUCAAGAGACUGGAGGAUUUGGAGAGGGAAAGGAAGGCUUUGAGAAAGGGUGGUGGUCACUUGACAGGAGGAGUGCCGAGGAGGGCUAGAGGAAAUAGAGGGUGGGACAAUGAGAGAGGACAUGAAAGGAGUGCCAGUUUAGGGGGGAGAGAUGCGGGAUUCGAGGGAUUAAGUGGCUCGAGUGAGACCAGGGGAAGGAGAUUGACGUUUGGUAGUGGCAGGUAG